AUGGAAACUCCAACUGUGGCUAGAACUUCUAUGUACACCCCAACAGAUCCAUCAAUAAUAGUUAAUACUACAUUUACUACUACAGCUACUGGUGAGGUAGAAGAAUUGAUUCCUUUUGAAAUUCUUUCAAAAUUGCAAGAAUAUUGCAAAAAACCAACAAUUUCAAAAUAUGAUUUUGCAUAUUCACAUGUGUUGGAACUUUCACCUACGUCAAGGAUUCGAAGUGAAUUUAAUAAUGAAGAAUGGACAGUGAUGUGUAAUGAUAGACCUAAUGAUGUGAAUAUUAAAUACUUUACAGAAAUCAAUAGUAUUAUCAAUCAUUUAUUUGGAAAAAAGAAAAUAUUGACUGUGCAAGAGGCAAGAAACAAUUGGAUGGAAUUAAGGGGAAUGAAGGUUCCUAAUGAUAUUGCCAAUUAUUCAUUCAAUAAAGACAAUUGGAAAAGUAUAUUAUUUUGGGUUGAAGAUGUAUUGGGAACUUAUCUGUCAGCUUUUGAAUCUCAGAUAAAUCCAAUACAACAAUACAAUAUCAGCGAGGGGGAGUGGUUUGGUGACUAUGUUGUCAAAUUGUUCAAGGGAGCACUUAGAUUAAAUAACUUUUGCCAAGCUAAUUCAGGAGAAAUAACAGUCAUUUCAAGUUCAAAAAGAAAAAAUGAAAAAAUUAAUAUAUUAGAAGAAACAGCUCAACGUGGUCAUAUGGCAGACUUUCUUUGUUCAUUUGGAUCAAAUGAAGUUGUGGCUGGUUUGUCAUGUGGUUCUCCACAUUUAUAUGAUCCAACAAAAAAAGAAAUGGAUAUGUAUCAUUUAUCCAGGUUAUUAAAAGACAUGCUAGAUGAAAAUUUGGCCCAAGCAGAAGUUGAAGGGGGACAUAAAGCAAAAUUAUAUACCAUUGGAAUACGACAAUUUCAGAAAAUUGUACGAAUAUAUAUUAUGGAAAAACGUGAUGUGUACAGACUUCACCUUUUAAAACAAUUCUCACUUCCUACCACAGCUGCUGAUUAUGCCAAGCUUCGAAUUGCAAUAUGUUGGGCCUGGAAUAUAAGGUGUAUGGUAAGAAAAUUGUGGAUUGAUUCUUCUAAAGAAAUUUGUGCAUCUCCUAUAAGAAUCGAGGUGACCAAUCAACAAUACAUAGAAACACCUAAUACACCAGAAAAACAGCCAAAAAGGAAAACAAUCAAAAAAAAUGAUUAA